AUGUGUAUGGUGACUAUCGUGCUGUUGGAAGAUGCAAGCCCCACGAAUGCCGGCGCUAGUCGCACUAUUUCCCCAGCCGAGUCCCCCAACGCUGCCGACGCUCCGCGGAGCCCCAGACGCGUCGCAACAGCAACAACGGCCUCUGAUCCCAUCAACCCAACCCACACACCGAUCAUCGCCUAUCUUGAGAAGAGGCUCGAUGAUGUUGGCCGCCAGUUACAGCUAGAGCAGGCGGGUAACAACACACUACGCACAGAAACCGCAGAACUGCGUCGCCAGAUCGGGAAGCUCACGACUCCCAGCAAUGCUGCACUGCGCCAAGUGGCCAGUAAUCUCGAGCUGGAACGGGCAACACUCGUUUCCGAGAAGUUGACAAUUAACUCGCGUCAUCAAGAUGUUAUACGAUCCUUAGAAGGGCUUCUAGAAGCCAAGGCAAAGCAUAUCGGACAGCUACAAUGCCUCCUCAGCACCCUAAGAGGCCCUCAGCUGGUCUCCAGAUCUCAAGGCUACCCGAUCGAAUACGAUGCUCGUUCUCUGCAUGCCGACUGGCGUCAGAAUGUUGCUCAGCUUGCAUCUGACUGUCACACAUACGACAUGGCAAGAUCCCUCCGCGCAGAAAGCCAGGUACCCGUCAAGCUUGAGGCUGCCAUGCGUGCUGUUACUGGACUCCCCGUGGCACAAACCGGGAACCUGACGCUCACUGAGUGCUUCACUAAAACCACGGCCAUGCCUACUGAUGUCAACAUCCAGAUCGCCUGUUUCAUGAAUCAUGCUCUACGAUGGUGUUUCAACACAGCGUUCCAUACUAAGGGAUUGAAGUCGGAGAAGUUGCACGAAAUGUGGCAGUCGAUUGCAUCACUCAAUGGACUCAAAUGUGUACGACAACUAGACACCAUGGCCACCCUAGACAAGAUUGGCAACAAGCACUUCCGCGAGCACCAACUACCCGAGAAGGCCAAAAGCCAGAUGGGUAUCUUUAUCAGAGAAUGCCGCAGCUUCAUCCCUUGGCUCGAUACCACAAAAUUGCGCCCACAGCUCGAUACUUGGCUUCAGUCCACCAUGGAGAUGAAGUUGGAACUUCUUGUGUCAAGCCAACAUCACAAACUCGCUUUCCCGCCACCUGGCGCACCUUACGACAAGAACACCAUGGAAGGUCAAACCGAGGACGGGAACGACCCGGGCCCCAACGACAAUCCAGCAGACUAUCGAGUCAAAAUCUGCGUCUGUCCCGCGCUUUAUACGUGCGUCCCGGAACCUGAGCUACCAGACUGUGACGACCCUUCCUUCAAGGCGGAGAAGUACAAAGAUGCGUUGCUCGGAAAUAGAGACUUCUUUCCUGAAGAGCCGGGCAAGUAUCAGGGCUGGGAAGGAGCUGUUUUGGUAUCGAAAGCUAUCGUCUUCGUCGAGAAGUACCGUCAACAGUCUCAGGUCGUGCCAGAGCAGAGUCCACCGAAGCAGACUCUACGGAUUCGACUGACCCCAAGCUUGGCAGAAGAUACCCAGGACGUGGCUGAAGGUGGCGAGGAUGGCAUGAGCAGUGAGGACGACGUCAAACAGUGA